UGACCUACAGAGCUGCCCUUUUGUUCUAUAAACGAUAAGUAAUAUUCCGUAAGACUCAUUUCCACUUAUAGUAUUUCUGAAACCGUUGAUUCACAUAGUUUAACAAUGGAAAAGUACAUCAGUGUCAAAGAUUUAGAAGAAGCGGCGAUUGCGCUGUUGCCACAAAAUGCUCGAGACUAUUACAAAAGUGGUGCUACUGAAGAAUUUACUCUAAAAGAGAACAAAGUAGCGUUUCAAAGAUUACGCAUCCGACCAAAAUGUUUGGUUGGAGUUUUAAACUACAAUCUACGCACCAAAGUGCUUGGUCAAGAUGUAUCUAUGCCGGUUGGUAUAGCGCCUACCGCCAUGCAGCGGAUGGCACACCCUGAAGGAGAACUUGCUAAUGCAAGAGCUGCUGAAGCUAUGGGCACGAUUUACACACUGAGCACAAUAGCCACGAGUUCCAUAGAAGAAGUCGCUGCAGCUGCGCCCAAAGUUACCAAAUGGUUUCAAUUGUAUAUUUAUAAUGAUCGUGAGGUCACUAGGAAUUUAGUACUGAGAGCUGAGAAGGCUGGCUUUAAAGCUAUCGUCCUAACAGUUGACACGCCUCUUUUUGGAAUUAGACGAGCUGAUAUUCGAAAUAAGUUUACUUUGCCUGAACAUUUGAGAUUAGCAAACUUUGAUGGUUAUUUGUCAACAAAAAUUCAUAGUACUAGUGAAGGCAGUGGUCUUAACGAGUAUGUCAACAGCUUGUUCGAUAAAUCGCUAACAUGGGGAGAUAUACAAUGGCUCAAAAGCAUCACAAAAUUGCCAAUAGUGGUAAAAGGAAUUUUGCGCAGUGACGAUGCCGUAAAAGCUAUCGAGGCAGGAGGCUCAGCUAUUUUAGUCUCCAACCAUGGGGCAAGACAACUUGACGGUGUACCACCUACAAUUGAAGUUCUUCCAGAAAUUGUAGAAGCCGUUAAGAACUACAACGUGGAAGUGUAUUUUGAUGGUGGCGUUACAACUGGAACUGAUGUUUUCAAAGCUAUUGCACUGGGUGCAAAAAUGGUAUUUGUUGGGCGGCCCGCUUUGUGGGGCUUGGCUGUGAGUGGCCAAGCUGGAGUCAUGAAAAUGUUGAACAUUUUCCGCACAGAACUUGAAUAUACGCUACAAAUAGCAGGAACUCCUUCUAUUAAAGAUAUUACAAAGGAUAUGGUGCGCCAUGAGUCGGAAUAUUAUAAACUUGUUAGUAAGAUUUAAAUCUGUGCUAAGGAACCGAAACAAAGAAUGAAACUACCUUUUUAUGUUUUACUUUAAUACCUUGCAAGAUAUUUAUAUUCUUUGAAAC